AUGGCACAGUCACACUCCAAAUGGUGGCACGGCUCCGAAGACGCCGAUCUCGACUACGGAUUCGAUUCUGACGAUAUGAAUGCUAGAUUUGCCCGACCUUCUUCUCGAUCUCGUCGCCGAACAUCGACCGAGGAGGAACUUGGGGACCGAGAAAGACAAUCGCGCGAAGACGAAGACUGCGAGGAAGGAUUUCUCAAAAACAUGUCAUCUUGGCUUCACCGACAGGCCGGGUCGCAAACAUCCCAACUUGCGACAACGGCGGUUCUGUCUGGUGCGGCUGUCGCGAGUGCCAUCUUUGGAUAUCAGGCCUACAGGCGGAAGGAGGCAGUUCACGAUCUGAAAGCUUCUAUUCCGGGCCUCGAUGAAGCACACCCUGCGACCAAGCUGACGCAGUACGGUGCUCCUGACCUGGGAAUUCCAUUGAGCAAAGAGGACGAGCGUGGCGCCGCACUUGCUCGUCGAGCGCAGCAGGGCGAUUACGAUGACGAUCUCAUUCUUGAACAACUCGCCAGAAACCGGGUAUUUCUCAAGGAUGAGGGUCUCGCCAAGCUUCGGGGAUCUUAUAUUGUGGUUGUUGGCUGUGGCGGUGUCGGAUCUCAUGCUGCAGCUUCCCUUGCUCGCUCUGGAGUUUCCAAGAUUCGGCUGAUCGACUUUGAUCAAGUCACGCUUUCCUCUCUCAAUCGCCAUGCCCUAGCCACACUUGCCGACGUCGGCACGCCCAAGGUUCACUGUAUCAGGAGGCGACUGGAGCAGAUUGCGCCGUGGGUCAUGUUCGACUGCCGCAAUGAGCUCUUUGGCAAAGAUGUCGCCGAAGAACUCCUCGGACCAUGGACCUUGACUCAUGAAGGGGAGGGCCGUCGCCCAGACUACGUGCUGGACUGCAUCGACAACAUCACGUCCAAGGUGGACUUGCUGCACUAUUGUCAUAAAAAUGGGUUGCCCGUGAUCUCGUCAAUGGGAGCAGGGUGUAAGUCCGACCCGACUCGUGUUGUGGUCGGGGAUAUCUCGACAAGUACAGACGACCCUCUCUGUCGGAGCACGCGACGCCGUCUCAAGAUGCUCGGUGUCAACACCGGCAUCCCCACUGUGUUCUCCACCGAGCGAACUGCGCCGGGCAAGGCGAGCUUGCUUCCACUUCCUGAGGACGAGUUCAGCAAGGGAAAAGUGGGCGAGUUGAGUGUGUUGCCUGACUUCCGCGUGCGCAUUUUGCCCGUCUUGGGCACAAUGCCUGCGGUCUUUGGCUACACCCUGGCCAACCAUGUGAUCUGUAGCGUUUCCGGGUACCCGCUCGACUACAACACGUCUGGCAAGGGUCGUGAAAAGAUGUACGACUCAAUCCUGGCCUCGCUCUCCGGAUUCCUGGAGAAGCAAGUGCGUCAGGUCGGUGGAGAAGAUCCAGUUGGUCUUCGUCUCCCCAUCAGUAAGGAUGAUAUCCAAUACCUUGUGGAGGAGGUAUACCGUGGCAAAAGUGUUGUGACGGGUCUACCCAACCGCCUCGUACUCAUGCCGUGGACGGUCCCCGCACAAGGCUUCCACAUGGACCUCACUUGGGAAAAGGACGGGCAGAAGCUAUUCAAGCUUGACCCGUCAGACCUGGUGUGCAUGACCAAGGACGAGGCGACUCGGCAUGAACGGGAGGUCCUGCGCGGUGAGAAGAGUGUGGAGGACCUGUACGACGAGGUCAUCUUGAACCGGGUGGCCCUGCGUAGGAGGGAGAUUGAAGAGUGGAAAAGGCACAAUGAGGGAUAUUUCCAGGUGCAAUAG